AUGAUGAAGAUGCCUUGGAGGAGGAAAAGCAGGAGCUUCCAUCUUCAGCUACAAGGGGCAAUUGGUACCAUUCAAUCUCCAUUCCUAUUCUUAUUUACCAAUUGUUGCCAUUCUUCUACUUCCACACUUGAAGAUGCACGCUUCUUGACAAAUAACUUUAAAUCUGCUUCUUUUACGCACCUUGAUGAUGCCAUUGCUUCCUUCAAUCAUGUAUUUCAUAAGCAUCCUCUGCCUUCUAGGGUUCCAUUUAAUAGAUUCUUAUCUGCCCUUGUGAAAAUGAAACAAUAUCACACUGUCCUUUCCAUGUCCAAAACAAUUGAAUUGGUAGGAAUCUCUUACGAUGUUUGUUCUCUUAACAUCUUAAUUAAUUGCUUCUGCCGUUUACAUCUUGUGGAUUUUGGCUUCUCUGUUUUCGGGAAGAUGUUCAAAUUUGGAUUGGAGCCUACCACUGUGACAUUUACUACCUUAAUUAAUGGGCUUUGUAUGGAGAGUAAAAUCGAUAAGGCAGUGGAAUUUUUCGAUGAUAUGGUUGCACGUGGUUAUCAACCUAAUGUUUAUACGUACAAUGUGAUAGUAAACGGAAUGUGUAAAUUUGGGAAAACAAACGUGGCUGUUGGGCUGCUAAAGGGAAUGGCUGAUAGAGGUUGUGAGGCAGAUGUUGUGACAUACAGUGCAAUCAUUGACGCCCUUUGCAAAGAUGAGCUAGUUGGUGAGGCUUUAGAGCUCUUCUCUCAAAUGAGGAAUAAGGGCAUUUCAGCUGAUGUCAUCACUUACAAUGGUUUAAUUCAUGGUGUUUGCAAAUUAGGCCAAAAGAACCAAGCAUUGGCCUUGAUGAAUGAAAUGGUGGAGCAAAACAUAUUACCAAAUGUUUAUACCUUCAGUGUAUUGAUUGAUGCUCUUUGUAAGGAUGGAAUGGUUUCAGAGGCUCAAAAUACAUUCAAUGUAAUGAUUCAAAGAGGUGUAGAGCCUAAUGUGGUCACCUACAAUUCCUUAAUUGAUGGUCUUUGCAUUUCAGACCAAUUCAAGGAAGCUUUGGCCUUGUUGAAAGAAAUGGUGGGGAGGAACAUAUCCCCUGAUGUUUUUACCUUCAAUAUAUUGAUCGACACUCUUUGCAGCCAAAUUGAUAAGGCUAGAAAGCUAUUUGAUCUGAUGGUGACCAAUGAAAUAGCUGACAUUUUUAGCUACAACAUUUUGAUCAAUGGAUAUUGUAAGUGCAAAAUGAUAGAUGAUGCAAGGCAGAUUUUUGAUGAAAUGUCUCAUAAAGGUUUAGUUCCUGAUGCUGUUACUUAUCAUACUCUUAUAAAGGCUAUGUUUCAAGCAGGGAGGCCCCAAACUGCAAAAGAGCUCUUUAAGGAUAUGUGCUCUCAUGGUCAACAGCCAAAUAUAGUAACCUUCUCAAUUAUGAUUGAUGGCUUGUGUAGACAGGGGAAUCUCGACGAGGCACUCACCCUAUUGAAAGCAAUGGAGAAAAGUCAGUUGAAGCCUAAUUUUGUAAUCUAUAGCAGUCUGAUCAAUGGUAUGUGCAAAGUUGGGAAGAUUAAUGAUGCCAGGGAACUUUUUUCUAGUCUUUUUGAAAUUGGUUUACAACCUGAUGUUUAUGUAUAUAAUGCAAUUAUGAAAGGACUCUGCCAACAAGGAUUAAUGGAUGAAGCGUAUAAGGUAUUUAAAGACAUGGAAAAGGUAGGAUGUUUACCAAAUAAUUGUUGUUAUAAUAUCAUCAUUCAAGGGUUUCUCAGGCAUGAGGAUUUACCAAAAGCAUCCGAACUAAUCAACGAAAUGGUUGAUAAGGGGUUCUCUGCUGAUGAUGCUACCACAGAAUUGGUAGUACAUUUAUCGCGGAAUAAUAAUCUCAUUCUGAGGCUUUUAAAGGUGCGCAAUGAGGGAUCAACAAACUAA